GUGGACAUGGCUGACUUUGGAGCAGAUGAAACCUCCUCCUCCAGGUCAGAGAGUCCUGAGCAGGAAACCCUGGACUCUGAGGACAGAUCGCUGCUCCAUCAAAGGCUGGCCAUCAAAGAGCUCAUCGACACAGAGAGCUCCUACUUGCACAUGCUCAGACUCUGUAUCUCUGACAUCAGAGGCCAACUACAUCAGCUACCACCAGGAGACCUGGACGUCCUAUUCUCCAACAUCGAGGACAUCAUUCCAGUGAGCUACAGAUUCCUCCAGAGGCUGCAGGAGACAGCCGGCAAGGAAGAGGAACAAGCAUUCCUGAUUGGUAACCUAUUCCUGGAAUUCCAAGAGGAGUUUGAACAGGUGUAUAAAGUCUACUGUGCCAACUAUGACCAGGCCCUGCUGCUGCUCAAGGCGUACCGGAAGGAGCCGGAACUGCAGAAGGAGAUCCAAGACAUCAUCGAAGCCGCAGUGCCGCAAGCUGGACCUUCAGGUCUCAGUUUCUUACUUGUAAUCCCUCUGCAGAGGAUUACCAAGUACCCCCUCCUGCUGCAGAAAAUGCUGGAGAAAACGCCUGCGGAUGCCAGUGCCCGCCCGGUCCUUGAGAGAGCUUCCUCUGCCCUCCAGGAUGUCAACAGUCACAUCAAUGAGUACAAGAUGCGCAAGGAAGUGGCCUUAAAGUAUACCAAGGUGGAGCAGCUGAGCCUUCGGGAGCGCCUGGCCCGCAUCAACACGCAUACUCUUUCCAAGAAGACCACCAGACUGAGCCAGCUGCUGAAACAAGAGGCAGGGCUAGUACCCAGGACAGAAGACAAGGAAUUUGAUGAUUUAGAGGAGAGAUUCCAGUGGGUGUCUCUGUGCGUGACGGAGCUAAGGAGCAAUGUGGCUGCCUACAUGGAUAAUCUGGAGGCUUUCCUCUGCGUCCGGCCACACGAAUGGAAUCUGGACAUCCCCGGGGGGCCUGCGGAGCAGUACUGCAGCCUAGCAAGGGACCUUCAGCUUGAGGCCUUCCUGCACUUUAAGCAACGGCUGAAAGGUCUGGUGUGGCAACCCCUGUGCAGCCUGGCCAGAGCCCUGGCUGGCCCUCAGAACUUGAUCAAGAAGCGUCUGGACAAACUCUUGGACUUCGAGCGAGUGGAGGAGAAACUGUUGGAUGUGGGCAGCGUGACCUAUGAGGAGGAGGCGGCCCGGCACACAUACCAGGCACUCAACUCCUUGCUUGUGGCCGAGCUCCCACAGUUUAACCAGCUAGUCACACAGUGGCUGGGUCAGAUCCUGUGCACAUUUGUGGUCCUCCAGAGGGACCUUGCAGAUGAGGUGCUCCGAAGGGCAGAGAGCAGCAUGACUCUGCUGCCUCAUCACCGUGUCUCAGAGCCGGACUUCCAGAAGCUGCUACAGGACACACUAGGCCAGAGCAGCAGCCAGCUCCGCUUCUUUCAAGAGAACUUCGAGAAGGUGCUUCCACCCUCCACCACUCAGCCACUCCUCCCGGGCACUGAACACCAGAUGCAGGCUCUCCUCGCCAAAUACGGCCCCGAGAAGCUUUACCAGGUGAAAAGCAACAUCAACAGAGCUGGGACCCUGGACCUGACACUGCCACGGGGCCAAAUCGUGGCCCUUCUACAAAACAAGGACACCAAAGGCAACAACAGUCGCUGGCUGGUGGACACAGGGGGACACCGGGGCUAUGUGCCAGCUGGGAAACUUCAGUUAUACCACCACACCAUUCCCAGUGAGAAGGAGCCCAGAGGCCAGACAGGGCUGCAGGAAGACCACUGCCUUCCAACACCAGAGCCCACCCAACCCUCUGUCUCCACCGUCCCAACCAUGACCCAGGUGGUUGCAGCAUACCCUUUUGUGGCCAGGAGCACCCAUGAACUGAGUCUGCAGGCAGGCCAGCCCGUGACCGUCCUAGAAGCCCAAGACAAGAAGGGGAACCCAGAGUGGAGCCUGGUGGAAGCGAACGGACAGAGAGGAUAUGUGCCUUCCAACUUCCUAGCCAGGACCCCGAGCCCAACUCCCUGGGGCUGGAGCCUGCCUUCUUAGCAUGCCCUCUUUGGAGCCCCCAUUCCUAAGGAGAGGGAGAUGCUUAAUGGCUGUGUGACCCAGCAGGCAUGAUGCAAAGCAAAGUGGGAAUGGGGAGAUGAGUGAAGGGCACCCAGAAAGCAGCAGGAAUUGGUGACUAGACCUCACUGAAUGCCUGGCGUGGGUGGCCACAGUGGGCGGUUCCAGCAGUAUCACUCGCGUCUGCAUAAAGAAGCCAUCUCAAGGCCACAGCUGAUUAGCUAGGGCUUGCCACAGCUUGUCCUACCUCUCUUGUCUUGUUCAUGUCUAGGCUGAAUAUCACCUGUGUUAGUUACACAUGUGUGGGGGUGUAUCACUGAGGAAGACCAGAGCUGCCUGGUUCAGUAGUGCCCUUCCCAUAGCACAGCCAGGAGACACCAUUGCU